GCCAAACUUAGUCUCGUGUGUGUCGCGGAUUUUCCCGAGUCUUUCCAUUGUAUUACGGGACGCCGAGAGAGACACGUGCACCGUGCCUAUUACGUACGAUGUUUGACUGAUUCAUUUUAAGAGAGUAGUGAUCAGAAUAUUUUAUCGGCUCGCGCGAUAAUUUAAUCCGACUCCGCUCGCGACGCGUUGUCAAACGCGUGUUUCGUUUCGCAUUUUAUCAAAUCGUAUUUUCGCGAGUGUCAGUGUCGCAACGAAGUAGCCAGAAGUCAGGAUGCUGAGGAUUCAAGAGGGAAGACGCUGGAACACGAGUAACGAUACGUUCAUGUACAUUCAGCGUGCCAGUCGGUGUCGCGCGGAUUGCUUGACGCAAUGGCGGUGUGAGCGUUACUGCAGCUGAGCUGUUACUGAUGUUAUUAAAUUAGCAUAAGAGAAGCAAACAUGAUAGCCAAACAAAAUCAGCCGGUUGACGAUGAAGAUAAUCAAUCGCGAAUAAAAUUGAUUGCGGAAAAACGAAAGACUUUGGAGGAAAAAUCUGCUGAGAUUCAGGCAGAGAUUAGGACCUGCUUUGAGGAGCUAGUAGAAGUCCUACGAUCCAGGGAGAGACAAUUGCUGCGUCAAGCAGAAGCCAUUCACAGACAACAACUCUCACUGGUAGAAACAUCACUGGAUUUCCUGCCGUCAUCGAUAGCGGUUCUGGAUGGUAAGAGCGAGCUGGAGGAACAAAUAUGUCGGUUUGGUAAUAUCGAUAUACACGGAGCGAACGGUAUCACGGUGAAGGACGUGGAGCCGUACAAAGUCGUAGACUAUCAGGAUGCCAACAAGGAUCACGUCAGUUUCGAUAAGUCGAUCACAUGCCAGAAGAUCAGAGAUCGCUUGAGUCUUCCACGUUACAAGGAUUUUGUAUCCGACUACAAAACUCUGCGUAUCUCCAGCAUGCCGCCUGCUUUCCUCAUCGAGAAUCAACUGCGAGACGCGCGAAGCGUAAAAGGUAACUCGUUAAUGCGUCUCAGCAACACUUUGUCUUUAUCAGCUUGCUCGCCGCUUUUAAUUAUAAAACGCAAGCUCGGCUUAACGCACGUAUCCUUGGACGGAUUACACGCUUUUGACAAAGCGUAUCCACGGAGUGUACGGUCCUUUGAGAUGUCCCCAGAUCUGCAAGACUUGGCGAAUGAAACGACGGAGGACGAUUUGCAGGAACUCGACAAGAAGGUCACGAGUCAAAAUGAUGCCAAAGCGAUCAACGGAUGCCCGAAAGAGCAGGAGAAGAGUUGUGAGCAUCCAAUGCAAGUGCAGCAUUGGUUACGGCAGAUUCUUGCGGAAACCGAGAUAGAGCCAGCGAUUCAUGAAAUAGGACAAUUUUCGGAAAUAUCCAAUGUAAAGCUCUGCAAUGAGCUGUAAUACUAUUUGCCGGCGUUUCGAUCGGGGGCCAAGGUUUCCACAGUUAUGGAAAGCAAAACCGAGAAGGCUGAUCUACCUUAGACUUACAUACUGAAUAUUUUUAAUUAAUACGACCUUUAUGCAAAAAUCGAUUGAAAAUCGAUUGAAAAGAUGAUAUUCCUUAUGUUGUGGCCUUUUUGUAAUCAAAGAAAUACGAAAAAAAUGAAAGAGAAUAUGAGUGACAAAAAGUGAGUAAGAGAAGAGAAGAGAUAGAGAGAGUAGGAGAAAGAGAGAGGGAAAGUAUAAGAAAAAGAUUUAUUGUGCACAUCGAACGCGAUAAACUUCAGUGUCUCGGCGACAGAUGUUCAUCACGAUAUUCUUUGUUUUAUACAAGAAACGUGUUCGUCGUUCGUGAAAUAUCGAACAAGUCGAUUAGUGCCCUUUCGAAAAGUGUCGCUUAACAUGUCCGAAUUAUACAAUUUAUAAGACUGUUUAUUCUACUAAACAACAUCGCGUAUUUAUUGUAUCGUAGUUAUAAGUUUUCAGUUUAUAAUGCGGCCUGCUGUCUUGUGCGUAAUUGACCAUUGUUAGUCGAGUGGUGGGAUUCAAUAUACGAUAUAUCGUUCUACGGAUUCAGACAGCAGACGAAAGCACGAUGAUACGAGUUUUCUUUCUUUUUUUUGUUUGUUUUGUGGAAUAAAAUUGACGAUUGUA